AUGGUCUUUGCGCCCGGAUUUAUACAUGUACUAUCUCUCCUACAGGUGAAUCUAGUGUCUAGUGUGCAGGCCUUCUCACAGUCACCCUUACCCAAAACUGCUCCUCCCAUGAGCCUGUCCCAAAGUGCCACAGCCCCUUCCACCCCCGUCACGCCUCACUCCGAGUCCCCCUCAGUCCUCACGCCCAACAGUGUCUUCAGUGGGACCCCAGUGAGAAGGCGCUACAGCCGCUCUGUCAGCCAAGAUAUUGUUGAUAAUAAAGAGUUUUACUUGAGCACUGAAGUCAGACCUCCAUUCACAUAUGCUUCUCUCAUAAGACAGGCAAUUUUUGAAUCACCUCGACAACAACUGACACUGAAUGAAAUCUACAACUGGUUUACUCGAAACUUUGCCUAUUUCAGGCGAAAUGCAGCUACUUGGAAGAAUGCAGUGAGACAUAACCUCAGCCUUCAUAAAUGCUUUGUCCGAUUGGAAAAUGUAAAAGGUGCAGUUUGGACAGUGGAUGAAAUUGAGUUUCACCGGAGAAGACCUCAGAAGACUGCUGGUAAUGGAUCUUUAAUAAAGAACCCCCAAAGCCGACAGAGUGUUGCUGGCUCUGCAUCACAGAGUUUUGGAACAGACAGCAGUAACCCUCUGUACAGCACAGCCUCUAUGGGCAGCAUCCCUCUACAUUCCCUGCCUCAAGUUCUCCAGGAGCAGAUGAAUGGAGCCCUCGCCAACGGCUCUGGAUACCAAAGUGACAGCAGCGCCACCCAGUCUCCUCCUCAGUCUUUCUAUAUCAAAGAGGAACAAGAGGAUGAGGAGAUCUGUGAUAACUACGCCUAUGAAUCUCCUGAGAGCAACGACGAGCCUGUCCACAGCCCUGAGAUGAUGCACCAUGAGGACGGGAGUCCGGAGAGGCCAAGCUUUCAUUUUGAUCGCGUGCCUUCACUCUGACUCAAAGGUCAACCGUUCUAACAACUGCAAACAGAGAGGGUCUUUGUGAUUCCAAAUAAGGUUGCGUUCAUGUUCAGAUUUGAGCCAGGGCCUAUAUAACUCUAUGGGAGUAGCAAUGUUUUUGAAAUUAAAAUCUUAAAAAUUUUAACAAUAUUGUAGGCAUUUAAGCUGCCACCCGGAAGCCAUUAUCAAUCUCAACGUUAGGUCCCAAGAGCCCAAAGUGGAGCGGAGAUUGGUUCUGCCCUUGGAUUUGCCCUGGACUUUUUUGGGCCAAUUUCAGGUCGUUCUGCUCUGUUGAUCUCUAUCAACCUCUCCCUCGUAGCCUUUAACUACCUGAUUACCAUUUGACUGGCUUUGUUUCUGUUUGGACCUAGGUUUGAGGAGCCUAUUUUAAACAUAAGACUAUUGUAAACUUUUUCGUUCAAAGAAGAUUUUUUUUUUUUUUAUAUUAAAAAAUGCCUCUUCCAUUCCAGAUUGGCAAUAGCUUCUGUAAGGCAGCUGAAAUGUCUUGUUCUUAACCUUUUGAAAGUUUUUCUACCAUGUACCGCUCCUGGAUGAAUGAGGAUGGGAUUACAUCAGCAAGUUAAGCCUUAUUAUUUUUUGCCAAAUAAAUCUCAUGGUUAAAAGGCGACGAUCACGUGACGAUUUUAUUUUGCUUUUUAUUCAUUUGUGUUGUCAGAGAAGAUCAGGAUUUUUGUGCUAUUUUUUCAUAGGAAUUUGCCCUGUAAUUAGAGCUGUAAACCUCUGAUAGGGUUUAAGGGCAAAUUCUGCUAUAGAAUUCUGACUAGCCUAAUUUGUAAUUAUGGGUAGUUUUAAAUGGACUUUGAUGGCAUCGCGUGAACGCAACCUAUUCACAUUUCCAUUAGCUUAACCAAACAUUCUCUUAUUGGGGGGUUAUUGUUUUGUAAAUAAACCAGAUUUUCUUUUAGCCUAGUCUUUUAAUUCUCUCUGUACAGUAGAAACAUCAGUAUGUAAACAGUCUUUUUGUAUGUGUGCACAUAAGAGCAGAGAUGCCAAAGGAAAGGGAACACUGAUGGGUAGCACUUCAUUUCCCCCACUGUAUAUCCGACUGAGGACACUACCUGAUUUUAUUUUAGUACAUAUUAUAUUAUUAAAUGUAGAAAAGAUGAAAAGUGAAAAUGUUCACUGCCAACAUGAUCUAAUGUAAUUCAUUUUAUUAUCUGAUUCAAAUCAUGUAGUUUGUUUCUACUUUUUCACCAUUGCUUGAUUUAUGGGAUUAAGCUUAUAGGUGGUGCUAUAUUAGAUUUGUCAUUAUUGUAAAAAAUGUAUCUCUAUGAAUAAAUGCCUCAUGUUUAAUGUGUACAAGAAGAUUUAUUUCAU